AUGUCGAGCUCUCCGGCGUGUGCCGCCGGCGACGGCGGCGGCAGCGGCAGCGCGUCGACGACCGUGGCGGCGACUGGGUGGCAGGUGCUCAAGGUCGAGGGCUACUCCCAGCUGAAGGGGAUCGGCGUCGCCAGGCGCAUCAAAUCGACCCCGUUCAUGGUCGGAGGCCACAGCUGGUGCGUCACCUUCUUCCCCGACGGCUCCAGCAAGGAGACCGCCGACUGGGUGUGCUUCGGGCUCCGUCUGGAGCGUCGCCGGCGGCACGACGGCGGCGGCGGCGGCGGCGACAUCCCCGUGCUGGCACGAGCCAAAUACAGCUUCCUCGACCAGGUCGGCGAGCCGGUGCCGUCCUCCACGGUCAGCGGCAGCGUGUGCGCCUUCUCGAGGCCAGGCGAGUCAUGGGGCCGCCUGGAGCUCAUCAGGAGGAAGGACAUGGAGUCGCGCCACGUCCGGAACAACAGGUUCUGGGUCAGGUGCGACGUCACGGUCGUCGAGACCACCUGCCGCCGGGUGCCGGCGACGGUGCCGCCGUCGGACCUCCGCCGGCACCUCGGGGACCUCCUGGCCGGCGGGGUCGGAGCAGACGUCACGUUCGAGGUCGGCGGCGAGACGGUAGCCGCGCACCUGGCCGUGCUCGCCGCGCGGUCGCCGGUGUUCAGGGCGGAGUUCUUCGGCGCCCCGUUGAAGGAGAACGCCGCCGCGACGCCGACGACCCGUGUGAGGAUCCACGGCGUGGAGCCGCGGGUGUUCAGGGCCAUGCUCCACUUCGUCUACACCGACGCGCUGCCGGAGAUCGGCGGCGACGCCGGCGAGAGGAUGGCGAUGGCGCAGCACCUGCUGGUGGCGGCGGACAGGUACGGCGUGGAGCGGCUCCGAUCGGUGUGCGAGUUCGACCUCUGCAUGUAUGCUGGCGAGGACGUGGCGGUGAGCACGCUCGUGCUCGCCGAGCAGCAUGGGUGCCAUGAGCUCAAGGAGGAGUGCUUCAAGAUCCUCGAGUCCUCGGGCAAGUGCAGGGAGCUGCUGGUAGGGGAUGACUUGGAGCACCUGGCGAGCAGUAGCCCCUCCCUUCUCGGCGAGCUCAGUGCAAGUCUUGGUCUGGAUGAGCUCUUGGUCGGAAACGUGGGAAGAAGCCAGCAGAAUAGCUAA